CAGUACACUCCGCUGCUUAUCCGGGGAUGUCACACCGCUGCUAUUUUCUCCCCUCAGUCCCUCUCACUCUCAGCCUACAAGCUCCAGCGGACUGACGCGGGGCUCUGGAGAGACACAGACGAACAAUAAGACACACAAACAAAAAACAAAAAAACAAGAGGCCCAAAAACAAAAAAAGAAAGGAAAAUGGCAGAGCUCGGAGCGGGAAGCCUGCCGUUAGGGGAUCCUGCCUUUAACUACCAGGAGCAGGAGCUGAGCGAGCGGCUGAAGCGGCUCUACCCGGCUGUAAACGAGGAAGAGACCCCUUUACCCCGAUCCUGGAGCCCCAAGGAUAAAUACAGCUACAUUGGGCUGUCACAGAACAACCUGCGGGUCCAUUACAAAGGACAUGGAAAGAAUCACAAGGACGCAGCAUCAGUGCGAGCCACACACCCAAUCCCUGCUGCCUGUGGGAUUUACUACUUUGAAGUCAAGAUUGUCAGCAAAGGUCGAGACGGGUACAUGGGCAUCGGCCUGUCUGCACAGGGAGUCAACAUGAACAGACUGCCUGGAUGGGACAAACACUCGUACGGUUACCACGGAGACGACGGCCACUCCUUCUGCUCCUCUGGAACCGGCCAACCGUACGGCCCGACGUUCACCACGGGCGACGUGAUUGGCUGCUGCGUCAACCUCAUCAACAACACUUGCUUUUACACCAAAAAUGGCAUCAGUUUAGGUGUAGCAUUCACAGACCUCCCUCCCAACCUUUACCCCACCGUGGGGCUUCAGACCCCCGGUGAGAUCGUAGACGCCAACUUCGGCCAGCAGCCGUUCGUCUUCGACAUCGAGGACUACAUGAGCGAGUGGCGGGCAAAGAUCCACGGCAUGAUCGCCCGCUUCCCCAUCGGAGAGAGGCUGGGCGAGUGGCAGGCCGUCCUGCAGAAUAUGGUGUCCAGCUACCUGGUGCAUCAUGGGUAUUGUGCCACUGCGACAGCCUUUGCCAGAGCCACAGAGACCAUGAUACAGGAGGACCAGACAUCUAUAAAGAACAGACAGAGAAUACAGAAGCUGGUGUUGGCAGGACGGGUGGGUGAAGCCAUAGAAGCUACUCAGCAGCUUUAUCCCGGCCUGUUAGAACGCAACCCCAACCUACUAUUCAUGUUGAAGUGUCGUCAGUUCGUGGAGAUGGUGAACGGUACCGACAGCGAGGUUCGCUGCUUGAGCAUUCGCUCCCCAAAGUCCCAGGACAGUUACCCCGGAUCCCCCAGCCUCAGCCCCCGCCACGGAGCCAGCAACACACACCUGCACACCGGAGGAGCCGACAGCCCCACCUGCAGUAACGGUGUGACUCCCACCAACAAGUCAAAGAGCCACGGCGGCGGCAGCAGCAGCGUCAAAUACCCCAGUGCAUCCUCCUCCGCCUCCUCCUCCACCUCCUCCUCACCCUCCUCCAUCAACUACUCCGAGUCCAACUCCUCCGACUCCACCAAGAGCCAGCCGCACAGCACCAACAGCACCCAGGAGACCAGUGACAGCGAGAUGGAAAUCGAAGCCGAGCACUACACCAACGGGGUUGUUGAGAGCUCCUCAGCACGGAUCAUGAACGGGACGUACAAACACGAAGAGAUUCUCCAGCCGGACGACAACAGCGUCGGCAACGGAGUCACAGAUGAGAGCUGCAGUAACGGCAGACAGCUCUGUGGAGGGAACCAGGCGGCCACCGAGAGGAUGAUCCAGUUCGGACGGGAGCUGCAGGCGCUCAACGAGCAGCUGUGCCGCGAGUACGGCAAGAACGCCACGCACAAGAAGAUGUUACAGGAUGCAUUCAGCCUGCUAGCGUACUCAGACCCCUGGAACUGCCCCGUGGGGCAACAGUUAGACCCCACGCAGAGGGAAUCGCUCUGCUCCGCACUCAACAGCGCCAUACUGGAGUCUCAAAAUCUGCCUAAACAGCCCCCGUUGAUGUUAGCACUCGGCCAGGCCACAGAGUGUGUUCAGCUCAUGGCCCGAGUCCGGUCCGGUUCCUGCUCCUUCGCCAGAGUAGACAACUUUUUGCACUAGCCCAGGUCCAGGUUAAUGUUAAGUAGCACUGAGAAGAAGGCGUGUCCGGCAGGUGGUUGUCACGGCGACGGAGGGGGAAAGAGCAUGCGUGUGAUUGGUGCGUUUUGGCUGUCCGUCGAGACCGAGCCGGCGGCACAGACGAGAGAGGAGAAGGCUUCCUUUUUAAUUUAGUAUUAUCAAAUAAAGAAAUGUGUGACACUAUUUAAAGAUAAUUAUUAUUCUGUUUAUCUAGCCUUUUUUGUUUUUUGUUUUUUUUAGUUCUUUUUUUGUCAGUUUGUUGUGCUCAUCCUGGACAAAAUGAAAAAACAAUUGUAAUUUUCCCCACUUUUUUAAAAUUUCAUUCUUUCUCCUGUUUUUAAAUGGGUGGAUUUUGAUUCCCUACGAUCAGUAUUGUUGUUCUUGUUCACCAUAUCACAGACCAUAACACCCACAAGCUGGUUUCCACGGCGACCCUCACAUCUGUAGGAAAACCUCGAGUAUAUUACAUCAUUUUUAAAAGACACACUUGGAAAUAAAAGACACCUCUAUGUAGAAAUAACUUUUUUUCUGAGCCCUUGGCAAUAUUUUUAAGAAUAGAAGAGUCAAAUAAUUGAAUACAUCCAGAAAUUUUUAAAAAAAAACAUAAUGAAAGCCUCUAGCCGCCAAUAACGGGAGAAAAAGUGACGACGAGGGGUUUGAAAUGGAAUAUUAGAGGUGUUGAAGCUUUAAUUUUUACUGUAACAGCCACGGCGUCGACCAAUCAGCGAUGUGGAUGCCGGUAGCACCUACAGCAGCCUCCUCCAGGACUGAGUCUAACUCCAUUACCACGGUCACCUCCAUGCCAGCGUGGAGGGAAUCAGUAUCAAAGGCAGACUAACAAGCACAGUGUGUGAAAAGUCAAGUCACCUCGAGGGAUUUCAUUACUGCAGUCUUAACCUUUUUUCCACUUACAUCCCCCCUUCAGCCUCAACCUGCUGUGUUUAAUUUUACAUAGAAAGGUGAACCCAUUCCCCCCCAACAGGAAGGUUUUUAAUUUUAGGGUGCACGUUGUGAUAAUUAAAUGACAGUUUUUCUUUUAUGAUUUCAGACUAUGUAGUUCUGAUUGUUGGGUUCACACUGAGCCCUCCAUCUUUGUAAAGCAUGGUGAACUUUUACCCAGAAUGCUUUACAAAAUCUGUACAUGAUGGAGAGAAAACAAAAGUGUUUUAUUGUUCAGAUUAGCUGCUGGCCAUGAUGAGAUUUAAACUCAUUGCUUUUCUCCAUUGAUUCCUGUUCUGGAGUCAGAUCAGUUGUAGCAAACCUACCAAAUACCACUUUGUUUGGAAAAUAAAUAAGACUUUAUGAAAUAAAUAACCACAAGGUGUUGGCUUUGUAAAAUAUUUAACCGAACUGUAAAAUAAUACAUUUUACAAAACUCCACUGUUUUUGUUUUUGUUUUGUUUUUUAACACAAAACUCCAGUGUGUGUUCACAGGACCACACAGCGUCAGCAUUCUUAAGCCAGUUAGCUCUCAGUAGCUAGUCGGUUAAAAAUUAGCCAACAACAGCUAGUUUUGUAACAGCUAGCUUACUCGUGCUAAUCUGCUCACUAUUAAUGAGUAAGUUAGCUUGAGCAAGUAAGUUUACAAGCUACUGUCAAUAAGCUGCUAUUUCAUAAGUUUGAAAUUUGGCACCAAUCUCAACAGCUCUGUUUACUAGCCAGCACUAUUAGCUGUUUAGUUAGAAAAUAGCUAACAGGCUAAAUAGGUCUAACUUACAAGCUAAUAAGGGGCCCAGACUAAACCUUACUUCACAAUGUCUGCUCAAAAGCUUCUAAUUAGUAGAUUUGAAACUAGCUAACACUCUACCUUGUUCUUAUUUGCUAGCUAGUACUAUAAGCUAGUAGGUAAAAAAAAAAAAAAAAAAAAGCUAACAGGCUAACUAGGUCUAACCUACUAGCCAGAGCAACAUGAUGGGCACAGACUGGAGCUUACUUCAGACUGUCUGCUCAUAAGCUGCUAGUUAGUAAGUCUGAAACUAGCUAACACCCUAACUUGCUCUUAUUUACUAGCUAGCACUGCCAGUUAAUAAGUUGGAAACUAUCUCAAGUGCUCAAUUGUUCUUACAAGCUACUAGUUAGAGCUAUAUGAAGGGCUAACUUUACCCUGUAUGUUCAUAAGCUGCUAGCCACUAAGUUAGAACCUAGCUAAUAAGAACUAGAUUACUAGAACAUAAGUGGCUAACAAGAUACUUAGCAUUACUCUACUUGCUGUUGGCUCGAUAUUAGCAUUAAUUAGUUUUUUCAAUUAGCAUUAAUAAGUAAGUCUAGUCAGUUUACACAUUAGCAUAUGUGUUUACUACAUCUACCUUACAUGCUGCUAGGGGGAGGUACAUGAGAGGGCUAGUUAAUUCGGCUUUUGUCCAGCUGUGUUGUUGCUUUGAAAAUGUCCAUCAGAACUGAAACUGAAAAUAUAAAGUGCAGUCUCUUUCUUUUGUCAACAGGAAUGAAAUUAGCAUUACCUAGCUAGUUGGCAAUUAGCGGGCCUGAGAUGAGGUUGGAUGUUUUACAGUUAAUUGGCUUUUGUAUAUUUUCCUGUAGCCCCACAUAUUGAGAAAGGAUUUACUUCAUAAAGUCUUCUUUAUUUAUUUAAAAUAAGACAUGUUGGCUCCACUUCUAGAAGCUUGGAUCUCAUUUUGUCAUUUUAUUUUAACCCUACUUUAAGACCAUUUUAGUCUCUGUACCUAAGCAAAAGACAAAACUCCCACUCUAACUCGACUGCACCCUGUUUCCUUGUGUAUUAUUGAGUUUUGAUGACAAACUUGCUUUGAUCUGUAAACAUUUAAAAUAUUCGAGAAGACUUCUUUUCUACCAAAUGGCUGGAUGUUGUGUGACAAACCGUUGCUCCGUCUGCUUUGUUGUCACCUGGCACGUGGCUUGUGGAACCACCCUGAAGUGUAUAUUUCUAUUAAUAAGAGAAUUUCAGUCCUAAUAUGGGCUCGUAUAAUAUUGGAGAUGUGUGUUUGCAGUGUGGGGUUUCCUGCAGGGUGUGUGGUCAAACUUUUUACCUGUCUGGUUUUUUAUAAUAAACACCUUCUGCUAUACUAGGAGCUAUUCUAAUAACGACACAAACGCACACAGAAACACACUGACAUCAGCUGUAAAGGACUUCUGUUACACAACAACCUGUUACACACCUGUAGGGAACAAGUCUCCCAGCUGCCCUUUGUGUUUGAGCCUGGGCUUCGUCUCAGCACACCUUUUCCUCUGAAUCCCUGCAUAGACAUAGCCACUGAUGUGAUCAGUGAUCGUUGUAAGGAAAAGAGGGAUGUUGUGAAAAUGGGCCCGAGGCCUCCGAAGCAACAUGGACGUCACCCUCGAGGGGCCGCAGAUUUUGGCGUCGCAGAUAAGCUGUGCACAAUUGACUUCUAUCAUGAUUUUAAUUUCAUAUUUUGACUUUUGAGUUUUAGCAAAAAAGAAAAAUGUUUAAAAAAAUUGUGAAAUGAGUUACCCUCUACUUAGCAUGACUUUUAAAACCUGUAAAAUGAUAUAAAAAAGGAAAAAUGAUAAUUGAAAAAAAAACCUAUCUACUGGAAACAUGUUAAAAAAAAGAAAUAUUGUAUUCUGUUUAAUUUUGACAGAAUUAUUUUUAUUAAAAUACAUCCAUAAGCAUA